AUGCAGGCUCAUGGAAAGGGCAACUCUAACACCAUUGUACAAGUGCUAAAUAAUUCAGAUUGGAAAAGUGCCGUCAAGUCCAUCACAUCAGCUGGCUACAGAGUCAUAAACUCAGCCUGUUGGUCUGAGGACUACGGAGAUUUCACUGACCACGGAGAAAAGUUUUACUAUUGCGAGCCUGCAGAUUUUGGUGGUACUGAUGAAGAAGCUAAAUUAGUCAUCGGUGGAGAAUUCGUCAUCUGGGGAACAUACGUGGAUGAUACCAAUCUACUCUUACAAUCGUGGCCGGUUAUCGCUGUGGCCGCUGAACGUCUUUGGUCUGACUUUGCCUAUGACUUUGGUAUCUUCUUAACAGAGUUCAACAUGCUUUACUGUCGAAUGAAAAUGUGA